CCAAGUCAAUCACUUGUCUACUGUAGGAAACCCAGCUGUCGUGAAUAGCAUCAUUUGCGCCCAAGAUAUAAAGUCCCACUCCCACCCUGGAAGCACUUACACGCCCAUACCCUCUUUGAGAACCCGAUACCUCACAUACAGUACCCUUUCUGACCCAUUUUCCAUCUCCAGCACCCAUCCUAAAUAUCCUACUACAUCCUCCAAAGUCAACCUUCAACUUCAGUCAUCAUCAAAAUGGCCUCCACACCAGUCACAGAAUUCAUAACCUUGACCUUCAAAAACCACACCACCACCUCCCAACCCCCCGCAGCCUGGUCCGACGUAACCUCAACCCUCAAAUCCGUCCCCGGCGUAAACGCCCUCUACACGGGCCCCCAGCUCGAAGAUCCAUCCAAAACAGUCCUGGUCAUCGAAUGGGCCUCCUCCGACGCCUUCUCCGCCUUCGCGUCGUCAGAGGCCUACAUGCCCUGGUUCGCCUCCCUCAAAGCCAUCGUCUCCGCGUCGCCCGUCUUCUACAAGGUGCCCCUCUCGGCGGAUCCGUCCUCCGACGCGGCCUCGGUCCUGCGCGCGCCGUGCACAGAGGUCUUUGUCGCGUACGGCGUCGAGCCCGAGUUUGCGCGCAAGACGGCCGAGUUCGCUCAAGGGUUGACGGAGGGAAGGGCGGACGUCGUCGGGUUCCACGGGCACGCGUACGGCGAGAUCUCGACGCCGCUUGCCGUGGACGCCUCUGGAGGGGACGGGGAGAAGGGCCCUGCUGUGACGCUUUUGUUGGGAUGGGAUAGUAAGCAGGCUCAUCUUGACGCCAAAGCCAAGGCUGGACCUAUUUCUGAUAACAUUCACUUGCUGAGAUCAGGCCGCAAGGACAUUUCAAUGGUACGUUGUCAGGGCCCUCGACAUGUCUGUCAUGUCUCCAUCACUUACUGACAAUGUACAGUAUCACGUGGAAUUGAAGCAAAUCUGA